UACAGUGUAUCUUUAGCUAUCCUCUCUUCCAUAUGAUGCAGUAGGAUAUAAGACAAGCAUAAGCUGGGCGUGAUAAAGCUUUGAGAAGGACCAAGAAGACAUCUCUGAAGGGAACUAUUGACCUAAGAUAUCUCUGAGGAACACACUUAGUAGACGGGCAGGGAAAGGACGGUUUAGCAAAGAUGUGGACUAGUGGCUUGCUUGUUGCUACGUUCAUCUGUCUUCUGGUUGUACGGUUUGUAACGCUUCUCUGGGCACGGCGACGGUUUCCUCCUGGACCUAUUCCCAUCCCCUUCAUUGGAAGCCUAUGGAGAGUUGGCUGGAAGAUACGUCAGGAUACGCUUAUGAAGCUUGCAAAGAGCUAUGGAGAUGUUUUCACCUUAUGGAUAGGACACUUUCCCGUGGUUGUUUUGACAGGAUUUAAAAAUGUGAAAGAAGGACUAAUGGACAAUUAUGAAAGACUGUCUGGACGACCCAUGAUGCCCUUUUUUAAAUUACUGGGCAACAAAAAUGGUGUCAUGUUUGCCAAUGGCAAAACUUGGAAGGAUCAGAAGCAUUUUGGACAAGCGACCAUACAGACAUUAGUCCAAAUGCAGAAGGACCUGCAGCAUCAAAUAAAUGAGGAGGCUAAUCUUCUUGUGAAAACCUUUGCACGGGAAAAUGGACAACCGUUAGAUCCUUCAUUGGCUCUCAUGCGUUCAGCCUCCAAAGUGAUUUGUACUGCAGCAUUUGGCCAUGAUGCCCCCAUUGAGGAUGAAGCUUUAUGCAAGUUGACCGAACAUAUCAGUACUGUCACCAAAUUUAGAGGCAGUUUUGGUGAGAUGAUAUAUAACUUCUUCCCUUUGCUCAUGCAACACAUCCCUGGACCUCACAAGACAGUAUUCUCCUCUUGUGAAUUUAUACGUUCCUUUAUCAAGAAGGAGGUAGAAAACCAUAAGAAGAAAGUUGUAGCAGACCGUGAACCACAGAACUUCAUUGACUUCUAUCUGGCCCAGAUCAACAGGGAGAAAGUGGACUCCUCAACUACAUUUAAUGAGGACAACUUAAUUCAAGUGAUUGCUGACCUGUUUGCUGCAGGCACAGAGACAAUUGCUGUUACCCUGUCGUGGGGUUUGCUAUUUAUGGUGACCCAUCCUGAUAUUCAAGAGAAAGUCCAGAAGGAGCUACAAAGUACUCUGGAUCCCUCCAAAUUGAUCAGCUAUGACGAUCGGAAGAAACUGCACUAUACUAAUGCCGUGAUUCAUGAGAUCCAACGCUUCAGCAACAUCGUAUUAUUUGGCCUGCCCAGACUGUGCAUACAAGAUUUAAAUAUAUUUGGACAUUUCAUUCCAAAGGAUACCCUGGUGGUCGCAGAUCUGUGCUCUGUCCUUCUUGAUCCCAAGCAGUGGGAGACACCUGAACAGUUCAAUCCUAACCACUUCUUGGACAAACAUGGAAAAUAUACAGCAAGAGAAGAAUUCUACACAUAUGGAACAGGAUGCCGGGCCUGCCUGGGGAAGCAGUUAGCACAGUCUGAGCUCUUUAUUUUCUUCACCUGCCUGAUGAAAGCUUUUACCUUCCGCUGGCCAGAAGGAGUAAAAGAAACUGAUGUGCAACCUAUAAUGGGCCCUGUGGUACAACCCAGCCCGUUUAAGAUUUGUGCCGUUCCUCACCAGGCGGCAGUGCGACAAAGACCAACAAAAGACAACUCAAAGAAUGCCUGAAUAUUUGGCACUGUACAUUUUUUGAAGUCCUACUAUUUAACUUGUCUGCUUCUCUUUAUUUUACCACCUCACAUUUCCACUCUGCAGUGUUUGUUUGUAAAGACACAGUGACCAGCCUGUUGUUAUGUGUUUUAGCGUCUACUCCAAAUUAUGGUGAUUCUCUCUUAGCGUUUUCUUGACAAGAUUGUUUAAGAGAUUUUAAAAAAUCCUCUUAGGCUGAUAAGAAUGUGACUUCCUGAAGGUUUCCAUGGCUAAGCAUGGGUUGGGAUUCUAGUAUCCAGA